AUGAAAACGAUACUCAUCUCCAAGGAUUUGUGGGACUAUAUUGAAGAUGGGUUUGAAGAACCUCAAGAUCCGGCGGCUCUGGAUGAUGUAGCCCGAAAAAUAUUGAAGGAAAAUCGAAAGAGGAAUGCAAAAGCUCUCUCUUUUAUCCAACAAGGUCUAUCAAGGGAGUUGUUCUCAAGGAUUAUGAGAACAAUCAUCGCGAAAGAAGCUUGGGAGAUUAUUCAAAAGAAGUUUCAAGGUGAUUUGAAGGUAAAAAAUAUUAAUCUUCAAACACUUAGAAGGGAAUUGGAGAAUUCAAAAAUGAAAGAGUCUGAAGGUGUUCAGAAUUACUACACUCGGUUGAUGAGCAUUACUAAUCAAAUGAGAUCACUUGGUGAGGAAAUUAGAGAUAGCAGAGUGGUGGAGAAAAUUCUGGUUAGUUUGCCUCCCAGUUAUGAUAGCAUGGUCAUUGUCGUUGAAGAAACUAAGGAUAUUCUCUCCUUGACGAUCGAAGAUGUGAUGGGUUCAUUAAAAGCCUAUGAGAAGAGAAUGGAAAGACACUCUGAAAAAUCAAUCGAGAGUGCUUUCCAAACUAAGCUAAAUCUGGGUACUAAAGAAGGUGAAAAAAAUAGUGAAAGUGGUGACCAAAAAAGGGGAAACAUAUAUGGUGGACAAGGUCGAGGCAGAGGAAGAAGUUCAAGAGGUGGAGGAAGAUACAAUGUCGAUGGAAAAAGGCAAGCCUUUGAUUGA